AGUGGGUUGACCGAAAAGUUCAUAAAAUAGAGAUGAAAAUAAAAAAGGUUUCCAUCGUUGUAAUUAAUCAAAGAUCCAGAGCUACAUCUUAGCCCCAUGAAUGUCAAAAUUAAGUUGACCAAGUAUUUCCUCGUCAUCUAUUAUCAACCUUUCUUUUCCACCUCUCACCUCCUUAUCUCUCUCUCUCUUCAAGCACUGCCACCAUGAACAAACAUAAUCACAUGCAGUCUGUCCUGAUGUUUCUUCUGCUGCCCAUCUUCCUGUUCUUCCGAUCCAUUUCCGCUGUUGAUUUCACCUUCAACGGCUUCAGCUCUUCCGAUAUGCUACUUUAUGGAUUCGCCACCGUUGAAUCUCGCGUUCUAACACUCACUAAUAGAACGACUUUCACAAUGGGUCGUGCCCUUUACCCGCAAAAGAUUCCCGCAAAAAAGCCAAACUCUUCUUAUGUGUAUCCUUUCUCGACUUCUUUCAUCUUCUCCAUGGCUCCUUACAAGAAUACUCUUCCUGGGCAUGGCAUAAUUUUCCUUUUUGUGCCCUUUACUGGCAUCACAGGCGCGUCCUCAACUGAAUAUCUUGGACUUCUGAACUUCAGCAACAACGGGAAUCCCGAGGAUCAUAUUUUUGGAGUUGAAUUUGAUGUGAUUAUGAACGAAGAAUUCGAUGACAUAAACGGCAAUCAUGUUGGGAUCGAUGUGAACUCCCUCAAAUCGAUCAAAGCACAUGAUGCCGGGUACUGGCCCGACAACCAAAGAGGCAACAACGUCAGUGAUAUUGAUGACGCAAACUCCUUCAAGGAAUUGAAGAUGAACAAUGGCAUGAAAAGACCUCUGAGGCCUUUGUUGAACGUUCCUCUUAAUCUUUCUAAGGUGUUUGAAGACGAAAUGUAUGUUGGCUUUACUAGUUCUACCGGAAUGUUAAUGGAAAGUCACAAGAUUUUGGCGUGGAGCUUUAGUAAUUCGAACUUUUCAUUAAGCGAAGAGUUGAUCACGACAGGUUUGCCAUCGUUUGUUCUUCCAAAGGGGAAGAUAUUUCGUUCUAAAGGGUUUAUUGCAGGAAUGACGGUGGGAGGUUUCAUAGUUAUUUUACUUUGUGACCUGUUUGUUGUGUCUUAUAUCAAGAGGCAGCGAAGGAAAGCUAGGGAGAGAGCGGAAAUGGAAGAAUGGGAAUUGGAGUAUUGGCCCCACAGAAUUGCAUACCAAGAAAUCGAGGCGGCGACAGAAGGGUUCGCAGAAGAAAAUGUGAUUAGAACCGGAGGGAAUGGGAAUGUCUACAAGGGGGUUUUGGUAGGAGGGGCGAAGAUUGCGGUGAAAUGCAUUUCACAUGAAAAUGAUGGGAUGAGAGAAUUCCUAGCCGAAAUUUCAAGCCUUGGAAGAUUGAAGCACAGAAGUUUGGUGGGGUUGAGAGGCUGGUGCAAGAGAGAGAAGGGAAGCUUCUUGUUGAUCUAUGACUACAUGGAAAAUGGAAGCUUGGACAAGUGGGUAUUCGAAUGCUGUGAGAACAAGAUGUUGAGCUGUGAAGACAGGAUAAGGAUUUUAAAAGAUGUGGCUUCAGCAGUCUUGUACUUGCACGAGGGGUGGGAAUCCAAAGUCUUGCAUCGAGACAUAAAGGCCAGCAACGUGUUGCUUGACAAGGACAUGAAUGGAAGGUUAGGGGAUUUUGGACUAGCCCGGAUGCACGGCCAUGGUCAAGAGGCUACCAUAACAAGAGUGGCCGGGACGGUCGGAUACUUGGCGCCGGAGUUGAUAAGGAGUGGGCGGGCAUCUGCUCAAACUGAUGUGUUCGGAUUUGGGGCCUUGAUCUUGGAAGUCAUGUGUGGGAGGAGGCCUAUAGAGGAGGGAAAGCCACCUUUGGUAGAUUGGGCAUGGCAAUUGAUGGUACAAGGGCAGCUAUUUAAUGCCCUGGAUGAAAGGUUGAGAGCUAUAGGUGGGUUUGACGAGCAGAAAGUCGACAGGGUGCUGCACUUGGGGUUAUUGUGUGUAUAUCCCGACCCAAGUUCCCGGCCAACCAUGAGACAAGUGGUGAAAGUUUUGGAGGGGAAUAAUGAGGUGGACGAGCUUGGAAGUGAAGAUAUGGAUGCAUAUUUAAUACAAAGAUUGAAAUCUGGUUCGUCCGAGUUUUCUAUGCAUUUUGGCUCUUCAUCUCACCCAACAUUUGAAGAUAUUUGACAGUCUUCAUUGAUGUCUCUGUCUUGGUCAGUUAGGUGAGUGAUUCUGCAUAUAUAAAAUGAAUGGAUAAGGAUAUUUUGUUGAGCGAGAAAAUUGUCGAAAAUCUUGAUCUGUUUGUAUCAGCUUUGAAGAAACAUAGAAUAUUGCUUUCGUAGGGAAAAAUGAAUGGGGAUCUACUAGCAAACUUGCUGAGGCAAUCGAGGACCAAGAGUGUGAUGAGGGUAGGGGCUAUUUGAAAGCUUUUAUUUCUCUCAUUCGUGCAUUCGUGUAUAUUGCGGUUGGAGUCGGUGUAUAUAUCAAGCCGAGGCAUGUUUAAUUCAAUAAUGUGCUUUUAAUAUCCAAGAACCUAAUUUUUGAGGUCUCCUAACUCUCAUUGGGGCUUGUUUUCUUGCUGAAGGCAAGGUUUUGUCUCCUAGUCUUGACUUAGUAGGGAGUGUGGGGGAAGGGGUCCGUUCAGAGGUGGAUUAUGCCAGAAGCAAUUAUUAAGAAGUUGAAGUCCUCCAGUUUGACUGAGGAUGAACAAAAGGAAGUAACUCUUGAUCUCAAUGAUAAUGCAACGGUAAGAAGAUGUUGGAGCCAAUGUUUAAUGGGUCUGGUUGUAUCAGACGGAAGCAUUAAUAGGGAGUUAUUCAAGAUGGCGAUGCUUAAGGUCUGAAAACCAAGUGGUUAAGUGGUGUUCAGAGACGUUGAUACCAACUUGUUUCGAAUUGAGUUCUAGAAUGGAUAUGACAUGCAGAAAGUCCAAAGAGGUGGGCCAUUGCGUUUCGAUAGGCACCUGCUUUGCCUUAACAAUUUUGAUGGUAGGUUUGCUUUGAAAGAUAUUGAAUUUACGAAGGAAAAUUCAUUAUGGGUUCAAUUCCAUGUUAUUCCUCUUGGAGGAAUGACCAGAGACAUAGGUGUGCAAAUUGGCAGGAUGGCUGGUGAUGUCGAAGAAGUAGAUGUUGAUGAAGAUGGUGUUGGUUGGGGGCCUUAUCUACGUGUUAAAGUUUCUAUUAAUAUCACCAAAUCUCUUAUGAGAGGCAUCCACCUUAACCUGCAUGGGAGUAGAGUGUGGAUCUCAUUCCUUGAUGAGAGACUUCCAUUUUUCUAUUUUAAGUGUGGGAUUAUUAAGCAUGGAGUACAAGGCUGUUUAAUGGAUUCUAAUGCGUCUCCUCUGCAUGGUAUUAGACUCAGUGAACCUAUGGAGCAUUUUUACAGACACAAAGAAGGCACAUGUGGCACUGCACCAGUCGAAGGCAAAGGAGAGUAGCUGUGCUCCCUCAAUGUACAAACAGCAGACACCAAAAAUGUUCUAGAAUAAUACAGUAGAGAAUUAGUUA